GCCCAAGUCCAGGAUGAACUCAUACUUAGACUACCCCGUGUGCAACCGGGGAGCAAAUAUUUUCAGUGCCAAGGCCGGAUACCACAAUUUGAACCAUGGAUACAUGUCGUCCAACUCGUGCGCAACAAGUGAUAGUUACGCACCGGACGGUCGCUUAGCUGCUGCGACUUCUGCGCCUCACCAGAGCCCGAGCCUCCCUCUGCAUCACCAGACACACGUCAGCUUGGAUCUGCAGUUUGCAACACCGGGGAACUCCAUGUAUGGGUCACCUCUGGAGUACGGACAUCACCAGUACGGCCUCGCACCCGAGCAGGACCGGAGCUUCAUUCAUGCGCAGGUUUCACCAAUCGGAACAAACAUGGCUCCCUACACCGGGGACAGCUGUGGGCCUGGUGUUGCAACAGGCAGCCAAUAUCUACAUUUUGGAAACGGGGAUCAGAGGCAGCAAGAAUAUCCAGAGAGUGUUUACACAAGGUUACCGCCCCAGAGUAAGGAGAGGGAUUUGGAGCAUGUGGAGGAAACUUCUAAAACAUUCGACUGGAUGAAAGUGAAGAGGAAUCCACCUAAAACAGCUGUCCUGUCGGAGUUCGGCGUACCCGGCCAGCACAACGUGAUCCGCACCAACUUCACCACCAAGCAGCUGACCGAGCUGGAGAAAGAGUUCCACUUUAACAAGUACCUGACGCGGGCGCGGAGGGUGGAGGUGGCCGCCAGUCUGGAGCUGAACGAGACGCAGGUGAAAAUCUGGUUCCAGAACCGCAGGAUGAAGCAGAAGAAACGCGAGAAACUGGGCUGCGCUUUGGUCAGCGCUGCGGCACCUGUGGAGAAACUCUGCGGCCCUGACACCUCUCCAAAGGCGAAGGGGAAAGACUGUUAACCGUGAUGGGACUUCUGAAAUAAACAAACAAAAAACAAUCUGUGGAGACAGUUUUUAACUUCUCCCCUCAAUCGCACCAUUCCAGAAAAACUGUGAAAAAAGCAUGUGGACUUUGAAGUAUACAGGGUAUGUCUGUGUCUGCUUAUGUGCAUAUCGCGCAAUGCUUCAUGCUGCAUUGGAGAAACUUUUUCAAAUGUCUUUUCAUGCGUUCUUGUAUCUGUAAUUUUCUUAUCAUAAGCCCAUGCUGUGUUUUUUGUGUGUGUUGGAGCACUGAAGCAUUCAGUGUCAUUGUUUGCACUAUUUAUUUACAGGGUAUUUUCCAACAGCUGUGAUGAUUUA